CGCGAGAUCACAAGCAGGAAGAGCGAUGGACGAAGGCUUCUCGUUGAACAUCGCCGUCGGGUCGGGCCCCAAGCAGCCCGCGAAGCGCAAGAUCGUCAAGUUCCGCCAGAACAAGGUCAAGGCCAAGAAGGCGCAGGCGGCCAAGGCGGCGCCGGCCAAGCCCGUGACGGCCAAGCCAGUGCGCGCGGUCGUAAAGCCCAAGGUCAAGCCCACGCCCGAGGCUGCUUCGCCGACAAAGGCAGCGCCGGCCAACGCGUACCCGGAUACCUCGUCGGACGAGGAGGAGGAGGCCCCGCCCAAGGCUGUGCCCGACGCCAAGCCGGUCGUGACGCAGACCAAAAUCCAAGACAUCCCCGAGAUGCAAAAGAAGGUCGUAGACACGCCCAAGCCAAAGGACGGCAAGAUCGGGUCGCGUCGUAACCCGAACAAGGAAGCGUACUCGGCGGAAGCACUUCUGCGUCCAACACUCGACAUGACCAAGGUCACGGUCCACGAGGCGCCGCUGCGGUCGUCGACGUCCAAGGAGAUCUUCUCCGCGACGACAUUUGAAGCGAUGCAGCUCCACCCGCACUUGGUGUCGAUCUUGACCAAGCCCAAGGAGAACGGCGGCUUUGGCUUUGACCAGCCGACGCGCGUGCAGGUCAAGAGCGUGCCGGCCAUUUCGGCGUCCGGCGACGUCCUCCUCAAAAGCGAGACGGGGUCCGGGAAGACACUCGCUUUCUGUCUUCCAAUGGUCCACCGGCUCAUGUCCAAGACGCCGCGCAUCUCGCGCACCGACGGUUGUCUCGCGAUGAUCCUCGCGCCGACGCGCGAACUCUGCACGCAGAUCCAAGAGACCCUCGAGCGGCUGCUCAAGGUCGCCGUGUACAUUGUGGCGGGCAGCGUCGUUGGUGGUAAAAAGAAGAAGUCGGAAAAAGCGCGUCUUCGCAAAGGCGUCUCGAUUCUGGUCGCGACGCCCGGUCGGCUCGUCGACCAUCUCACCAACACGCACUCGUUCCAGUACAACCGCCUCGAGUUUCUCAUUUUGGACGAAGCCGACCGGCUCUUGGACAUGGGGUUCGAGCGCUCGAUCACGCAGAUCCUGGAUUGCAUUGCGUCCAAGAAAGACGACGACGUGGUGCGGCAGACCAUUCUAGUCUCGGCGACCAUCAACUCGGGCGUCGAGCGCCUCGCGGCCAUGAGUCUCACGUCGCCGCGCUUUAUUGACGCCGACACGAAAGAGCAAGCCGUGUACGCGACGCCCGAGCAGCUCAUCCAGCAGUUUAUGAUCGAGCAGCGUCUCUGCGCCCUCAGCUGCUUUCUCCGCUCGGAAUGCAAGAAGGCCAAGUCGGCCAAGAUCGUCGUCUUCCUCUCAACCUGCGAUGCCGUCGACUUUAUGACGACGCUGUUUCAAAAGUGCCAGUGGCCGCAGCGCAACGAGAUGUUUGGGCCCGCCAUCUUCCGCCUCCACGGCAACGUCAACCAGCAAGAACGCACGUCGACCUUCCAAGCCUUUUGCAAAGCAGCAUCCGGUAUCCUCUUUUGCACGGACGUGGCCGCGCGCGGUCUCAACCUGCCCACGGUGCAAUGGAUCGUGCAGUACGACCCGCCGACCGAGACGCGCGAUUACGUCCACCGUGUCGGUCGCACGGCCCGCAGUGGCGCGGUCGGCAACUCGCUGCUGUUUUUGCUGCCGUCCGAGGCAGCGUACUGCGAGCAUCUCCAAGCCAACGGACUCAGCCUCACGGCGCUCAACUACGAGGCGACGAUCGCACGGUCGGCAUCCAAGGGCGAGUUCCGCACGUCGAGCAAGAAGGCGCUGCAUGAAGUCAUCGUGCACGAGCUGCAGUACCUCUUUGAGCAGUCGGUGCUCGCCGACACGGAGCUCUUUGACAUGGCGUGCCAAGCGUUCCAGUCGUUUGUGCGCAGUUAUGCGACCCACGCGAGUGAGACGCGGCAGUACUUUCACGUGCGCAGCCUCCACUUUGGCCACGUUGCCAAGAGUUUUGGGCUGCGCGAGCCGCCGGCCUCGUCCAAGGUGACGAAAGCGAGUCAGUCGGCCAAGCAAGGCACCCUCAAGAAGCGCAAGGCCCGCCAAGAGGUCGACGAAGAGAUCGAAAAGAAGAAGCAAAAGAAGGUCGUCCAGAAGAAGCGCGAGUACAACCACCACGUCUCCGAGUUUGCAGAAUAGGCAACCAUCGGUCCAUGUAUCUAUUCCGCCAGCACAUACACACACAUUUCUC